GCUGGGCUGAUCGUUCCUGCUCCAGGGAAGGGCGCGGGCCCUGCUGAGUGGGGGAGGGGCAGGGCGAGCACCGACUAGCUCAUCACAGCGAUAGCUGCUCCCGCCUCAGUAGGGAUGGGGAAGCGGGGCGAGUCCCCGCCCACGCCUGCCGCAGAGAACCACUGAGUGGUCGGUUCUGGCUCCGCUCCCGGCCAAUAGGAGCGCGCCGCAGGGCGCGCGCGGGAAAAGCUGUGUGGUGCCUCAGGGGCGUGCGAACGCGGGCUCUUUCCCGCUCUGUCCGCUGCAGGCAGCGCGCGGGCCGAGCUCCCCCUCCCCUCGGCAUGGUGCGGACCAAGGCAGAUUGCGGCGGGGCCGGCGGGGCCUACCGGAAAGUGGUCGCCGCCCGGGCUCCCCGGAAAGCGCUGGGCUCCAGCAGCGCCAACGCGGGCCCUUCGCCGCCUGCCAAGAAAGUUGAAAGCAAGUAUGCUGGUGGAAAUCCAGUAUGUGUGAGACCAACACCGACCUGGCAAAAAGGGAUUGGCGAAUUCUUCAGGCAGUCCUCAAGACAUUCAGAGAAAGAGAACCAGAUGCCUGAUGAUGAAGAGGCAGGAAGCAGUGGAAUAGGAAGGCUUACUAAGAAAGCUCGUCCCUUGACUCCAGAUCCCACAGAAGAUGGUGCAUCCUCUGAAGAUGAGCAAAUAUGAUUCUGUCCUGCCUCUAUUUCUUACUGACUGUGCAUUUCCUAUACUUGAGUUGGGCUUUCUUGUACAUUUUGUAUAUACAUUCCUGAUGGCUUUUUUGUUUAGUUAUUGUACAGAACUUUAAAUAAAGUAACAUUAGGCUUUUUACUCAAUCAUCCUCAGAACUACAUCAAAAGUUUGAGUGAUUGCAAGGAAGUUUUUGGUAAAAUUAAUAUAAUAUAUAUAUCUCUUGGAGCUUAGCAUUCAUUAUAAAGCACUGUUUAAGUUGUCUUUUUUUUUUUAUCAUCUUGCUUAAAAUGGCUUUCUUGGCUUCCCUAAUGAUUCCACUAUAGUGUGCUGCUUAUGUUGUUGAAGACUGGUGCCAUAUUUGUGCUUUACUGUCUAAAAGGCAGUCUGAUUUUUUUUUUCUAUUAAAUGGAAGUAUUCUACAAAGAAA